CCAGAAACACGGAAGCGGAAGUGCGAUAAGAAUGAUGGUGCACUAAGCUGUCAGUUACAUUUGUUUACAUCAGACUUUAUUUUCACUUACUGCUAAAAGCCACGUACUGGUUUAGAGUGGGGUAUUUCAGUCCAUCUGACUCAAGGAUAAAGAAGACGGGAGAAAUGAGGAGCUCUGGAGUUUUGUUUCUGCACGUUUUGCUGUUGAUUGUGCCUCACAUCAGCUGCUGGAAUGAUGAGGCUGUUUUACUGCGGGAUGUUCAGGUGCUCACCCUCCACAGAGGACGCUACACCACUGCACGACGCUCCAGUCCCGUUCCCCAGCUGCAGUGUGUCGGAGGAUCAGCUGGCUGCGGAGCAUUUGUUCCUGAGGUGGUCCAGUGUUACAACAGAGGAUCAGAUGGCAUAGACACACAGUGGGAAUGCAAGGCUGACAUGGACAACACAUACAGAUUCGGCCGUGUGGAAGUUUCCUGCGAGGGCUAUAACAGUCCCAAUGACGCGUAUGUGCUGAGAGGCUCAUGCGGUCUGGAGUACACGAUUGAGCUCACGGCAGAAGGGAAGCAGCAGAACACGCAUGGCUCCUGGGGCUCUUCUGGCUUCUCAGACUUCGCCUCGAACUUCUUCCAAGGCUUUUCCAAUCAAAAGCAGCAGAGAGGAGGCCACUAUCAGCAGUCUAACAGCCAUCAUUCCUAUCAGAACGGCCCGUCUGGUGAUGGGGCGGGUGGGCUUAUAGUAAUAGCUUUCCUUUUGCUGGUGGCAUAUGCUGUAUACAAGAUGUUUCUGUGCAAUCCCACUCACGGCCACCAAGGUUUUAGUGGAGAUGGAUCCCAGGGAUACAGUGGGACCUGGGAUAACAGCCAUGGCACGGAGCCGCCACCACCUGGAUUUAAACCAGAUUAUUACUCAGCAGACCAAUCCAGCUCAAGGCCCGGAUACGGCUUUUCUGAUGCAUACACCAGACCUCAGAGUGCUUUCACUGGUUUCCCUGGUGCAAACACUGGUGGACGUGGUGGGGGUGGAUUCUGGACUGGAAUGGGCACAGGUGGACUUCUGGGAUAUUUGUUUGGGAAUCAGAGACGCCAGCCACCCAUGGGCUUCGCAGGACCAUCUUACACCCACCAACCUUCUCCAGCACCAAAAACAAGCUCAGGAACACGGACGGCCUCAGGUUUUGGAGGAACUAAAAGAAGAUGAUUGAACAACCUCAGUUCUCAGAUUGGACGUGAUCAGCAGACAUAUUACAAGGAAUUGCAACUUCUUAUUCAUACUACUGUUCAGACUUUGCUAAACUAGAUGUAGCAUAGCAUUGCUUUGGUUUGUGGCUGUUCUUUUAAAACAACCUGCCUUCUUUCAUUAUGGGCUUCACAAUGGGUUCAGAAAACAACAACAUAUCCAAACUGAUCCUACUAUUUAUGAAGUGUUUAAUGCAAUUUCUUCUGAAAAGAAACUGUUAUUUAGAUGUUUUAAAUUCUAGAUAUCUUUAUUUUCUAUAUAAGUAUAUUUCUGUAAAUAUUUAAAGUCAACACUGAAUCAAAAUAGACCCUAUUUACUUUCUUAAUGCAAGUUCCUGGCCUUAUUCUGCAAUGAUUCGUCAAUAAUAUUCCAAAGAAAAAAUGUCUUUAUUAAAUUAUUUCUUAGGGGAAAAAAGCCAUCAAAUUCAGCUCUGGUUGUGUUCUGGUAUAAACAAUCCCAAUGAACAGGUUCUUGCAUAGUUUCUCAUUUCAUGCAGGAAUAUGAAAGUAAAAUUCCACAUAGAAUUUCAUGUUGGCUUUAUUAAUAAUGACGAAGAAAAGAUAAAAAUCUAAAUUGUGUAAAGUUUAUUUUCUUUUUGGUGAGUGUGGUGUAUUAGAGAUGAGGUGUUAUUGGACAUAUCUAAGAUAUACUGUGAUAAAGUUCCUAGGCCAUUGACUGUUGUGCAUGCAAACUCAUGUGUGCAUAAGGUGUCCAAUGGCUCAAUUACUCAUUGCUUUUUAUAUUAAAAUUCUGAUUUGUUAAAGCUCU